AUGGCUCAGCAGGGAGUUCUGCUGGACCAGGACCAGUUCUGUUGUUCUGUCUGUCUGGAUCUACUGAAGGAGCCGGUGGUUAUUCCCUGUGGACACAGUUACUGUAGGAGCUGUAUUGAGGGCUGCUGGGAUCAGGAUGUUCUGAAAGGGGUCUGUAACUGUCCUCAGUGCAGAGAGACCUUCACUCCAAGGCCUAAUCUGAGGAAAAAUAAUAUGUUGGCUGAAGUGGUGGAGAAACUGAAGAAGACAGGACUCCAGGCUGCUCCCCCUCCUGCUCUGUGCUAUGCUGGACCUGGAGAUGUGGCGUGUGAUGUCUGCACUGGGACCAGAAAGCGGAAAGCCCUCAUGUCCUGUCUGGUGUGUCUGGCCUCUUACUGUGAGACUCACCUCCAAUCUCACUAUGAAUCUCCUGCUUUGAAGAAGCACAAGCUGGUCAAAGCCACCGCACAACUACAGGAGAAGAUCUGCUCUCAUCAUGACAAACUGCUGGAGGUUUACUGUCGUACCGAUCAGCAGUGUAUCUGUUAUCAGUGUGUGAUGGAUGAACAUAAAGGCCAUGAUACAGUGUCAGCUGCAGCAGAGAGGACUGAGAAACAGAGGCAGCUGGGGAUGAGUCAGCAGAAGGUCCAGCAGAGAUUCCAGGAGAGAGAGAAGGAGCUGAAGGAGCUCCAACAGGCUGUGGAGUCUCUCAAGCGCUCUGCACAGGCAGCAGUGGAGGACAGUGAUAAGAUCUUUACCAAGCUGAUCUGCUCCAUUGAGAGAAGGCGCUCUGAGGUGAAGGAGCUGAUCAGAGCCCAAGAGAAGGCUCAAGUGAGUCAAGCUGAAGGACUCCUGGAGCAACUGGAGCAGGAGAUAGCUGAGCUGAGGAAGAGAAGCACUGAGCUGGAGCAGCUCUCACACAUAGAGGAUCACAUCCAUUUCCUCCAGAGUUAUCAGUCUCUCUCCGGUACCAGUGUAUCUUCAGACUUACCCAGCAUCGUUGUCCGUCCUCUUCAGUACUUUGGAGAUGUGAGUAAGACUGUGUCUGAACUGAGAGAGAAACUAGAAGACGUCCUUAAAGGAGAAUGGACCAAGAUCUCCACUACAGUGAAUAUAGUGGAUGUUGUACUGCCUCCAGAGCCCAAGACCAGAGAACAGUUCUUACAAUAUUCCUGUCAGCUCACACUGGACCCAAACACAGCACACACACACACCUCUCUCUGUCUGAAGGGAACAGAAAGGUAACACUUACAGGCCAAGUCCAACGAUAUCCUGUUCAUCCAGACAGAUUCACAAACGACUACCAGGUUCUGUGUAGAGAG